AUGCCACCAGCCAAAGCUAAGAAUCAUAUACCAGAAGGCACAGAUGAUAGACCACUUUAUUUGUGUAUUGAAGCUGUCAAUGAAAGACAAGUUGCUCUGGCUAAAAAAGAGAUCAUGCGUAUUAUUAAGGAAGAAUUAGUUAAAUUGAUGACUUCAGGACAUCUACAAAUAGCAGGAGAAAUAAGUCAAUCUUCAUGA